AUGCCCGUCGACAACCUCCAGAUCGUGCUCGCGGAGCGCCCCAAAGACGAACUUAUCCCCGGUCAGACCUUUCACCAGCGCGUCACGCCCGCGCCUACCGAAGCCGACCUAGCCGACGGCGACGUCCUCGUCGAAGUUCUCUACGUGUCUCUGGACCCCGCCAUGCGCGGCUGGCUCAACGAUGACCGCUCCUACCUCCCUCCCGUCGAAAUCGGCGCCGUCAUGCGCGCCGGCGGCGCCUGCCGCGUCCUCGCCUCCAAGAACCCCUCUGUAAAACCGGGGGACCUCGUCAGCGGCCUGCCGGGUUGGCAGCAGUACGCGGUGCUCAAGGCCGGGAGGUACGAGCCGCAGGCCAGCUUUCCGCGGCUCCGCGACGCCAAGCACAUUAUUUCCGUGUUUGGCCUGACGGGCAUGACGGCGUGGGUCGGCAUGACGCAGAUUGGCGACCCGAAACCCGGCGAGCUCGUCGUCGUCUCGGGCGCGGCGGGCGCCACGGGCAGCGUGGCCGGGCAGGUGGCCAAGGCGCGCGGCGCGAGGGUCGUGGGCAUCGCGGGCAGCGAUGAUAAAUGCAGGUGGCUGGUGGACGACUUGGGCUUUGACCAGGCGCUCAAUUACAAGGAUCCAGAGUUUAAGAAGAAGUUUUUUGAGGCGACAAAGGACCACAUUGACGUCUACUUUGACAAUGUCGGCGGCGAAGUUCUCGAUCUCGCCCUACGCCAAGCCAAGGAAUUCUCGCGCUUCGUCAUGUGCGGCGCCAUCAGCCAGUACAACACGUCGCAGCCCGUCGGCCCGCGCAACAUUACGCGCGUCAUCCAGAUGCGCAUCCGCAUGCAGGGCUUCAUCGUCUUUGACCACCAGGACAAGUACCCCGAGGCGCGCGCCGACCUCGCCCGCCUGCUCGACGAGGGCAAGCUCAAGACGAGCAUCCACCUGCUGAAAGGCGGCCUGCAAGUGGCCGAGCAGGGGCUGGUCGACCUCUACAAGGGCGUCAACACGGGGAAGCUGAUUGUCGAGCUCAAGAAUCCAGACGAGAGCCCUGCCAAGCUGUAA